AUGUCUUUUACUGGAGUAGCGACUACACCGACUACGCCGACAAGAACAACGUCAACAACACCUGAUGAUGUCAUAACACCUGAUGAUAUCACAACACCUGAUGAUGUCACAACACCUGAUGAUGUUACAACACGUGAUGAUGUCACAACACCUGAUGAUGUCACAACACCUGAUGAUGUCACAUCUGGACGUUGUAGAUGUGAUGAACCUGAUUUCCCCUUAGCCGCCGUUAUUGUCCCAAUAGUGGUGUCCGUACUGGUGGUGGCUUUGGGUACGGCAGGAAAUAUAAUUCUGUAUAGAUGGCGUCUUACGUUAACGAAUGAACCGAAAUCUGGUAUACAUGGGAUGACCUCAACAGACCCUGUCCACUACGACAGCCUUGACCAGUCACGUGUUGAACUUCCUAAUACGUACGAGGAAAUAUCUACCAGACAAGCAUACGUCAAUAUGGCAUCUCACUAGUGUUUCAAAACUUGCGGGUAAUGCUGAAUUCUUCGUCAAAGGGUUCUAAAAUUUUACAUGAUUACACAUUUCACAACUGUGUAAGCGAAGUUAUUUCAUGGAAAGGACUUCUGGUACAAUAGUUGUAUUUACAAGCAUAUGCGACGGAAACGUGGAUCAAAUAAUGUCAGAUGUAUUUGAAUGUUUCAGCACAGACACUAGCAUAUUGUCAAGACAACUUUAUACCCAAUAUGAUUAAUUGGACCUGUAUGAACAGAAGGAUUUUGUUUCCAUUGAAAAUCCUAUGUAGUUAUUGUACUGCAUCUAAGUAGAUGCAUGUCUAUUACACAGCAAUCAUUGUGCUUAUGUUUAGAUGAAUGUUCAAUGUGUUUAUACACAUGAUCUAUUACCCACAUAAUUCGUACAUAAUAGUCCAUCAUUAAACUUGCAUCAAUGGUAUGAAUAUCAUUAAUAUUAUGUUUCCCCCCGUAGAAUCUACAUUCUAAAAUAUCUCCCUUUACUUGUUCAGGCAGAUACCACUGCAAAUUUGAUAAACAUGAACAUAUGCGUUUUGAAUAAUUUGGUAAGGACUAACAUAGGCUUAACCAUUUGUCAUAUUAAAAGUCAAUAUAAUUUUUUUUUAAAUUGAAAUGCACAUAUGUCUCAAAUCUGAAAUUCUAAAACAAAUACAUUUAGAAAUUUCUGGUUUUUGAACAUAAAUAUCUUUCCUGCUUUAAAGAACUAGGCUUCAUUGACAUCCAGUAUAACCGUACAUACAAUUUGUCCGGUUUUCUUUAAAAACGAAACGCUGUCCGAUCAUUAAGAAUUGUGCUAUUUCAAAAUACCGGAUAGUGAUAAGGAUGCGGAUCUACCUCGUUUUAUUGGAUUUCUAAUCUUCAUCAGAAUCCUUAUAAACACCUUUCUGUUGAUGUCUCGAAUUGUUGUUCAAGUUUAUCUAAAACUUUUUACUACCAUUAUAAAUACCAGUAAGUCGGGACAACAGUCGUAUAUAAGGAUACUGUUUACUCCAGAAGAGGAACUUAUGGAAGGUUUAUUUUUUGAAAAUAUCGUUUGAUUUACCUUGGACAGCCGCUCUUAAAAUGUUUCUUCUAUCAAAGCGUUCGAUUUUUCUGCUCUUUACACUACCAUUCUAAACCUACGGAACGUCUUCAUUCUCUUGUGAUGAGAGCUUUCUUUUCCAAGUUAUGAAGUACAUAGCCGUAAACUAGACGAGAACAUACAUGUAUUCCGUUAAAAAUACGAAAAUAAAUAUGAAAUUGUAUUUCCGUUCGACAACAGUUGAGUUUGGUAAUCAGAUCGUCCAGUGUAUUUCCAUGGGAAUGAACUGUGUAGAAUCCGUCAAUUUAAUCUAGAGAUAAGAUGUGCUACCUUUGAAUAACACAACCCUUUAUUGACCAUGUUGAUCGGAUAUACCCUGUAGAACCUUAAAAUAAAGGACACUACAUGCUUUUCCAGCCACUUACUUUGAUCCUUAUAUAUAGCUAAGCUGUAUAACAAUUUCCCGGAUUUCAAUUUUCCAUAAUUUCUAGAUAGUGACAUCCCUGCUUCCCCUACCCAAGGUAUCUACAUGUCCCUGUUGAUUGAUUAUCGAAGUCUUUGUUCCCAUUAUCACGAUGGAAUGCACCUCACAGCCAUCGACAUUUCCCCAUACAGCAUACAAAGAACCAAGUAUCACACAGCCAUACUUACUACAUUUACCAUGGAGUCUUCUGGUAAGUUAUUCAAAUGCUGCCAAUGAGACCGACAUAAUUACUCCUAAGAUAAACAUAAUGUUUCUGUAUUUGGCUUGGUGAUCAUGAAUACAAUAAAGCUACAGUUUUUGAAUACAG